AUACGCGUGACCAUCAAAAACCAGGAAGAAGAAGCCAAAACUACGCUGCAAACCGUCGAAUCGGAGCUUCCGUUCCUCGCCGUCCCGCCCGCUGCGUGGCAUCCGGUCCCUACAAAGAUGGCCGCGCCGUCCGCCCACUCCGCCCCCCGGAGCGUCUCGCCCGCUCCCGGUGCGCUCCCGUCCCCGGCCCUCGGUGCUUGUCCGGGCAUGUCCCGCUGUCUCUCGACAGGGUCGACUGCCUGGCACGCGUCGGCAACCACCGAGGCCUCCCACUUCCGUGAAUCCCUCGGCAGCGAUGCCUCGAAUUCCUCGCGACACUCGUCAGCGAGCUACCGCUACUCCGACAGUGCCGUCGGCGACCGGCUCCGCCCGCGGGAUUCCACCGGCGGCGUGGAGCCUACGAUCAGGAGGAGCUCCAGCAGGCGGCGGGGUUAUAUGCGGCCGCAAGGCACCGACUUCGCCGCCAGCGCCCGGGCCCGCGAGAGCGUUCUGAGCCUGGGCAGCAUCGCCCACCUGCAAUACUACUUUGCCCGGACCGGCUUGCUCGACGGCAAGGGAGGGCGCCUGGCACGGAGGCGAGACAAGGCACACACCCUAGACUUGUCCGCCUUGGACCCGAGCCUAUUCCUCACCCCCAAGGCCGGCAGUGACCACGACUCGAGCUAUGCGUCCAUGGGGAGCAGCCCGGAUCUGACGACGCAAACUGGUUUCGGCAGCGUGACGCUGGAGGCUGGCACCAUGGUCGAGUCGCCUGUCGAGGAGCACCCUCCGGAGCAGCAGGACGAGGACUACUUCUCGGACGAGUUCGACGAGGAUGGCCCGCACAUGCUACCGCCCACGACGAGCACCUAUAUUCACCGGGAGAAGCAUAUACCCAAACCGCCGUCCAUGGCCGAGUUGAGGGCCGACCUGACCAGCUCGCUCGAUGUUGCUGAACAGACGCUGCGCGAGGCGAAAAUCGCCAAAAUGCCCUCGGGGAUUACGGUCAAGAUUGAAACCGUAGACGGCCGCGAAGAGGACGGCCAGCCACAGCCCCCAGCUUCGCGACGACCCUCUGUCCCGUCAGCCGGCUGGUACGAGAUUCAAGGGAUGAACAUCCUCGAUGUCAUGACGCUAGCCAUCCGAGCCGCCAAAAUCUACUACACCUCCCACGACCGGCCCGACCGCCUCGACGCCAUCAAGUCAGAGAAGCAGCUGCGCGGCGAGUUGUUGUCCGUCAUGGAGAUCCUGAAGCGCAUGGCAACUAGGGGCUUUGCCGGCGGUAUGCGCGACGACGAGUUCCGCACCAUGGACGACUGGAUUGCCGCGGUGCGCGCAAUGCUAGCAGCCGAGGACGCCAUGGAAGCCCGCGAAGCGGCCGAGCGGGCGACCUGGACCUGGGUCCACCCAGAAGGCUGGGAGGGCCGCGAAUUCGAGCGCGAGGAAGCCUUCAUGCGCUCCAUGCUGGACGGCCCGGACCCGAUCGAGAACAUGCCCGUCAUACCCAAGUGGAUCCCCAUCGACCGAACCCAGCCCCUGGACUCGCAGUCGCUGCCGACCCCGUUCCUCGCUGCGCUCUCCAACGGGCAGCGCCUGGUGCAGCUGCACAACUGCGCGGUGCGCAAGUCGUGCCGCCGCUUCGGCGCCAUCCCGAGAUUCUACGCCGACACCCAGAAGCCCUACCGCGCCGCAGAUAACCUGCGGUACUGGCUCAAGGCGGCCGAGCUCCGCUGGGAGGUGCUCCUCAAGGCGGACCCGCUGGGCCUGCAGUACAACACCGCGCCGGAGCUGUGGCUCGAGUUCGAGGACGCGGUGCUGGGGUGGUGUCGCAAGGUGCGCGAGGAGAUUGCUGCCGAGCUGUUGCAGGAAUCCCAACAGCCAGCGACGCCCACGUCACCCUCACAGCCCCGCCCUGAACGGAGCCUGGCCGGCGCCGUCUCGGACGCUGCUGAGGCUUCAACGGAUCCAUGAUAUUUCAAAAGUCGGCGGACAAAAGAUGGAUAUGCCAGGGGUGUGUGGGGGGUUUUAAUGACUGGAAAGAUGUUACGACUCCUGAUCUGAUAGACUGCUUCACCCAGCUUCAUCCUUUUUUGCUCGAUCCAUUUUUACUCACUUCCCGUUCCUCCGGCGGCAUCGAGCUAUGCCCCCUUUCUCCUUUCCUUCUAUCAACUUUGUUCCACUUCACCCUGCUUGGGUUCUUUUCGAUCAGCAUCUUGGUCUCUUUUUCUA